UGAACUCCGCCGCCGCUGGCAACCCCGCCGCUCACCAGCAGCAGAGGAACAGGUGACAUUAUAUAUCCGUCUCUCUGUCUGUCUGUCAGGUUGUAUGCAACUGGCUCUUCUUCUUGAUGACUGCGUACAACAUAAGGCGGUUGAUGCGCGGGACUGCUGUGCUGAACUCCGCCGCCGCUGGCAACCCCGCCGCUCACCAGCAGCAGAGGAACAGGCUUACGGUUUACUUGAAAUUGUCCAUAAUAAUGGGUGUCAAUUGGCUACUGGAGGUAAUCAGCGCUGAACUCAAAAAUGAUUUGCUGGCUCCAGUAUACAUCAUUACUGACAUAUACAACUUGUUCAUGGGCGUGGCUAUAUUUCUCAUUUUUGUUUGCAAAAGGAAAAUAUAUCAGAAACUGAAAAUAAGAUUCUACACAUUACGGGGAAAUUACCUGAAUAGACGACCCACGACGCAAGAUUCUUCGUCCCAAAGCAAAAUCUCAAAUCCCAACAGCGGCAAACUUUCCAGAGUUUCAUCUUCAUUAAAGCUUAGAAACAACACCAAUGAAAUCGUGGGAACGGAACAAGAUUCAUAAGCAUCGUAAUUUACCUUCAACAUAACAGUCACAUGCAGUAGCGUGCAUAAAGUUUUUAACAAGGGUAUGCACUAUAAGUUAAAAAAGUCCUUGUCCAACUAUGUAUUCUAUGGUCCAACAUAGAUUUGUAAUGAACCCUUAGGGUAGGCAGUGCAUAUUUGCAUCUAUGACGCGCACGCCACGGGUCACAUGUACCCACUGGUCACAUGUACCCACUGGUCACAUGUACCCACUGGUCACAUGUACUCACUGGUCACAUGUACCCACUGGUCACAUGUACCCACUGGUCACAUGUACUCACUGGUCACAUGUACCCACUGGUCACAUGUACCCACUGGUCACAUGUACCCACUGGUCACAUGUACCCACUGGUCACAUGUACGCCGUCGACCGCUGCCGAGAUGCGACUGUAGUUGGCGACGCCGUCGCUUACCGCCGAGACGUCGCUGACUGCAGUCGACUGCCGUUGGUUGCCGCUGAGACUUCGCUGACUGCAGUCGACUGCAGUCGUCAGUAGCAGCUGCCGCUUGUGUAAAUGAACACUCGCGCAACGAAUCCAGCAUUAUGUUUGUAUUGAGUACUUGGAGUAGGCAGUGCAUUUUUGCAUCUAUGAAGCGCACGCGUGAUGGGCACCUUACCCAUACACUUAUUUUUAACUUUUAGUUUUAAUUUUGUAGAUUUAGUUAAUUUACCUAUAUUAAAUUAUUAAUGUAUAUUACAUACUAGCGGAAGUCCGCGGCUUCGUCCGCGUGGUAAUCAGUGUAAAUUUUCAAGCCCUAUUUCACCACUUUAAAGUUUCAAUUUUAAAAAUUUUAAUCCCAUUAUUCCCAUCCUAUAUUUCUUUUAUUAUUUAUGAACAAAUUUUUAAAACUGUAACUCUAAAAAUGAAGGACUUUCCAUACAAACUUUCAUCUCCCAUUUUACCCCUUCUUAUUUUAUUUUUCCUUCUCCGUAUUAAGGUCUUAAACCGUGUCAAGUUUCAUUUUUAACCGACUUCAAAAAGGAGGAGGUUCUCAAUUCGGUCGGUAUUUUUUUUUUUUUUUUUUUAUGUAUGUACACCGAUUA